GAGCAUACACUAUGAAAGAUUCGGUGUUCCAGACACUACUCGAGCCCGCGACCACACUGGCAGGGUUUGGUAAGAAGCAAGCACGGCAGCAACAUUCCACCUGCACCAACAACCGGCGCGAUGGUGGCCGCGGUGGUGGUGUUGCGGGAUUCCUGCACCAGGACAAGUUUGGCCGGGCGCCGGUUUUCGCGCUGGGGCUGCUGUUUUGUGUCACCCUGUACCUGUACUUCACGACCACCGCCUGGACCGAUACGACGCAGAUGAUCGUGACUAUACCGGGAGAUGAUGCAGACCUGCCCGGACCGAAAGACCAAAUUGCAACAAAAUGCACCACCAACCACCAGCAUCACGAUGCUUCACAAGCGAGCGCAGAUGUACUGCAACUCACUUCCAAUCGAAUUGUUCCGAUCGUUCCCCAAACCAAUGCCUCCACCACUGUCAUCACUGUCCCUGCUGUCGCAACUGAUCGGUCUACGGUGGCUGGGACAUUAUCCGCGCUUACUAACAUCACCACCGAACCGACCGAUCCGUACGCUCCAGUGCCAAAGGGGUUCAUCGUGUGGGGACCGGGCUGUCAGAUCAUGGACCUAAACCCGGUCGCGAAGGACGUGAUGCGGCUGUUCAGCAAGGAGCGGUUUGUGCCGUGCAGCCCCAAGCAACCGCUAACCACGAUCGAGCAAAGCUUCGACAAUGACACGGUGCUGGUGCGCUUCCACCGCGAUCGGAUGGAUGCGUUUAUGCCGCACUAUAUGCGGUACGUACGGUGCUGUUAUCAGAGCAUCGAACGAUCCGGCACGAAGGACAAGGCUGAUAAGAAUUUCUGGGUUGGAGAAUGUAUUGCUUUCAACGAAUCGUUCCUGCUGCCACCGUCUGUACGCAACGGAAUUCUAGUGCGAUGUAAGGCCGGUGUAUCGGAGUCGAGCAAGUCGAAAAAAGCCAUCUACACCAAUGUGCAUGCACUGAUACGUCCGCAGCCGAAUGUGCGAGAGCGUAUCGAUAAGUUUAAUGGACGUACGGAGAAGCGACCGCUCAGUGUACUCAUGAUUGGUAUUGAUAGUAUCUCCAGACUGAAUCUUAUCCGAGCGAUGCCACACACAGCGCAGCAUCUAUACGAUACUGGUUGGUUCGAACUGAAAGGAUACAAUAAGAUCGAUGACAACACCUACCCCAAUCUGAUGGCUAUCCUAACCGGCUACAACAACUCACUCGCCUACUCCAUCUGCAACCCAAAAAAGGUGGGCCAACUCGAGGAGUGUCCGUUCAUGUGGAAGUACUUCGCCGACAAUGGAUACGCAACGGCAUACGCCGAAGACGAAGCCGCUAUCAACACGUUCAACUAUCACAAGUAUGGCUUUGUAACUCAACCAACCGAUCACUACUUCCGACCAGUAGCACUAGCUGCCGAGAAAAAUCUGUCCAAGAAGAUGAAGAACUCUCUCACCUUCUGUCUCGGGUAUCAGAACUACGCUGACUACAUCUACCAGUACGCGCUGGACUUUGCGUCGCAGUACAAGAACGAUCCGUACUUCGGACUGUUCUGGACCAACACGUUCAGCCACAACGAUAUUAGUGAUCCAUCGUCCAUGGAUCAACGGAUGAAGUACUACGUCGAGCAGCUGGAUGAGCGAGGCAUUCUCAACAACAGUAUGGUGGUGUUCUUUAGCGACCAUGGGCUCCGUUUUGGACCCGUCCGUAUGCUGCUCACGGGAUGGCUUGAGGAGCGAUUACCAUUCAACUUCAUCUGGCUGCCCGAUUGGUUCCGCGAGGAGCAUCCGCAAAUUGUACAAGCGCUUAAGAUCAACCGCAAUCGCCUAACGAACCCCUACGAUCUACACGCAACACUGAAGCACGUACUGGAGCUUUCGGGUCGCAUCGAUAAUCUUCCCGGUCCGCUUAGCUGUCCCAACUGUCAGAGCAUCUUCGUGGAAGCUCCCUGGAAUCGAUCGUGCGAAGAGACAGCGAUCGAAUCGCACUGGUGCACCUGUGCCAACUUCCAGCCCAUCGACAAACGCUCCCCGAUGGUGCAGCGUGCGAUCGCGUACGUGAUUGAUUACGUGAACCGUGAUCUGGAGGACCAUCGGAACAGCACCACGUCCAACUAUGCAUGCGCUAAGCUAACGCUCGGCUCGAUCACACUUGCGAAAAUGGCACGUGAACCGAAGGGAAAACUGCCCUACAAGGAUUAUCUGCUUAUCUUCGAGGGCAAACCGGGUGGUGGAAAGUUUGAGUCUACCGUCCGACACUACCAGGAGCGGGAUGCAUUCGAGAUUACUGGGUCCAUUAGCCGGCUGAAUGAGUAUGCGACUCAGAGCGAGUGCAUGCACAUAGACUACCUACGGAAGUAUUGUUACUGCCAGCGGACGAAGAUUUUCUAGC